AUGACAUGUUCCGCAGCUGAAAAGCGUCAGAUCUUCCUCGCAUGCAAGGCAAUCUUCACAGGUCCUAAUGCCUUGCUUCGAAGAUCGAAGGCCAUACAGAAAUGCAUCACAGAGCACCAAGCUGCACUCAAUACUUCAAUCCCCAACUUUGAGGUCAACAGAGUUACAAAUAUUGUUCAAGUUCUCUUAAAAGAGCAAGUGUUCCAAUCAGACAUUAAGGCUAAGGCGGAAUUUCCUGAUCUAGUUACUCCCUCCCCCGCCAAGAAGGCCAAAGGCAAUGCCUUUGAAACUGAGACAGCCUGUUCAGCAGCAGAAAUACUUGAAAAAAAUACAGUUGCUCACGAGAAAGACAGUGAAAGGACACAGGACCCCCCAGUGCCGCUGUCUGCUGAGCUACAAGCCCCUGAUGAAGCACAGGUUCAAAUUGAGGGAGACACUACUUUAUCACCUGGAUCUGCGUUAGAGCCGAGAUCACCCAUGCCUUCUCGCUAUCCAUCAUAUUUUCCAUACAAUGCUCAGCAUUCUGUCUUAUCAGGCAUCCAACAAGCUCUAGAAGAAUGCUGUUUUGAUUUUACAAAGAAAUGGUUACCUUCUGAAGUCGAAAACCACGAAUGGGACUGUGCCGCGGCUAUGGAGCUCACAGAGUGGACGAAGUUUUUAGCAAAGUGGUCACCACAACUUCCUGAUGGAUCUUUGCAAUUGAGGGGCUCACAGUUAAACACACUCCUAUCUACAAUUCGCCAAAUUCGACAUACAGCAGUCCACCGGCUGCCAAUCACAGCAAGGAGCGUUAAUUUGCUGGUCCUCGCAGCUAAGAGGCUGGCAGAAGCUUUGCAAGAUACCUUACGCACAUCACAAUUAGAGGACCUUUACUUCGACAUACAAAACCAGAUACAGGCAAUGGAGCUGAUCAAGAAUGCCCUUGAAGAUAAUCACGCUCACGAGCUUAGAGCCGUGCAGCUCCAACGAGAAGAAUUAGACCAGAAAGAGCAGCAGCUCAGAGCCAAAAUGAUCAACAGCGACAAAGAGAACAAAACUCUCAUGGGUAUUCUGGUUAAGAAAUCAAUGGGAAGGAUAUUUAACGACAGAAAAAGCGCCCUUGGUCAUGGUUCAGUUGGGUUUGAGACAGAGCAUGACGGAGCAAAUAAUAUCACUAGUCCGGGUUGUCAGCUUCUAUGA